AGGAAGAGCGAAAUCAGUCAGGCUCGAAGUAGCGACAACAGUUGUCAUGCCUGGAGCAUAUUCGGGUGUCUUUAUUUUCGUGUUAGGUUCUUCCUUCCUGACAUGUUCGUCAGCGGUCAGGUAUGAACCCAACUGGAACUCUUUGGACUCCAGGCCGCUGCCACCCUGGUACGAUGAGAGCAAAAUUGGAAUCUUCCUGCACUGGGGUGUUUUCUCUGUACCCAGCUUCAUUAACGAAUGGUUUUGGUACGAGUGGCAGGGAUCCAAAACGCCAUCGGCCGUAAUGUUUAUGGAGCAGAACUACAAACCAGAUUUCACCUAUGGCGAUUUUGCCCCACAGUUUACAGCUGAAUUUUUCGAUCCCUAUCGAUGGGCAGACAUCUUCAAGUCAUCGCUGGCGAGGUAUGUCGUUCUGGUGACAAAGCACCAUGAAGGGUUUACCAACUGGCCAUCAAAGUACUCGUGGAACUGGAAUGCAAUGGAUGUUGGACCCAACCGGGAUCUUGUUGGUGAGCUUGCAGCUGCGAUCAGAGAAAAAACUGACAUCCACUUUGGAGUGUACCAUUCAUUGUUUGAAUGGUUCAAUCCCCUCUUUGAAGAAGACCAAAGAAAUAAUUUCACAACUCAGAAUUUUGUUUUUACUAAAACAAUGCCAGAGCUUUAUGAGCUGGUAAACACCUACAAACCAGAGAUUGUAUGGUCUGAUGGUGACUGGAUGGUUGAGGAUACCUACUGGAAUGCCACCCAUUUUCUGGCUUGGCUUUACAAUGACAGUCCAGUGAAGGACACGGUUGUGGUGAAUGACCGCUGGGGAAGUAACAUCCGUUGCCAUCAUGGUGGCUUCUGGAACUGUGAUGACAGGUUUGUCCCAGGUCAUUUGAUCCCCCACAAAUGGGAAAACAGCAUGACUCUGGACAAGUACUCCUGGGGGUAUCGCCGCAAUGCCAGGCUGUCAGACAUUUAUUCUAUGGAUGAAUUUAUUGCUCUUCUUGUGAAGACAGUCAGUCUUGGUGGAAACAUUCUGGUUAAUGUGGGACCCACUAAAGAUGGAAUGAUAUCCCCUAUCUAUGAAGAGCGUCUCACUCAGAUGGGAGAGUGGCUGGGGGUAAAUGGAGAUGCAAUUUUUGGUACACAGCCUUGGAAAUAUCAGAAUGACACAGUCAAUUCUAAUGUUUGGUACACAGCAAAGAAAGCCAAUGCAAGUACGGUAGUAUAUGCAAUCAUAUUGAAGUGGCCUUCUACCUCAACCAUGAUGUUGGGAGCACCAAGUGUCUCUUCCAAAACCAAAAUCUCUUUGCUUGGGUACAAUGGCGCCUUCACAUUUACCAGCACGGGCACUCAGGGUGUGGCUAUUGACAUUCCACCAAUCCCAUUCUACCAAAUGCCUUGCCAAUGGGGAUGGGCAUUCCAACUGGAUAACCUUAACAACCAGUAAAGCUUUUUUGACUGCAAAGAUUAAGAGGGAUUGCAUUGAAAUAUGUUGGGGUGUUUAACACAUUUUUAAAGUAACUGUUAUUGGAAAUUUAAUUGUUGAUACUUAUUUUUGUAUUUGAUAAAUUGCCAUUUUGCUCUUUAAUAUUUUGUUCUGUAGCUUUGUUAAAUUUUUCACAAGUCUUGACAUGCUAAUUCACCCAAAGCUUUUGUAGCUGCUCGGUUGGGGUAAAAACGUCUCUAGGUGGACUUCUGUCAUCCAGUUUUUUCUACAAUAAUAAUCUUUUGAUAAAGCUGGAAUAUGUUGAUGUCCAUAUAUUGCUAAAGUGUUAUCCUGCUUUAAGAAUAGUGCAUCAGAUGCAGUCAAAGGGAGGCUACUAAAGAAUGCCAGUGAACCACCUUUGGAUUAGGAGAUUGCAGUGCUUUUUCAUGCUUCAAAAAGCAAAAACAUUCAAAAAUGAACUUGCUUAAAAAUUACUUUAGUUCUUUAAUCAUUGCAUACAUCUGGCAACAUGAAGAGUUUUUUUUUUUAAAGUUAUUAAUCCCUGCUGUUGUAGUUAGUGCCAUUUUCAAUAGUUUUAUGCAUUCCAUUUUUCACAAAAUUUAGAAUCUUGUUUCAUUUACAGAAUGAAGGAUUCUUUUUUCCAUGGGGAUGCCUUGUACUUAAAAAUGUUUAUAUAAUUGUCUUAUUCUCUGAUGAGGAUGUGUAUGGAUCUUGUGUUUACAUUUUGUUUACAUAUUUUUAUAAUAAUGCCUUGUUCCUGUCAUGACAGUUUAGUCCAAGGGGAGGCGACUAAAGGUUGUCUGUGAACCGCCUUCUUAGGGUUAGACUGGCUCCACAUUUUCAUGCUUCUAAAAGCAAAAACAUUCAUAAAUAAACUUGCUUGAAAAUUGCUUUAGUUCUUCAAUUUUUGCACACAUCCGACAAUUCUCAGGAGUCGUCUUUUUAGUUAUUUCCCAUUUGUUGGUGUACUUUUCAUGACCUUAUAUAUUCCUUUUUUUGGGGAUUUACAGAACGAUUACUAUGGGUUUGCUUUGUUAUUGUCUUAUUUCCAUUUAGACAAGUUUUCUGUAAAGUAAAUCCUUUAUUUUGGGAUAUAAUUGUCUGAUCAUUGCUGAUGGAGAUAACAUUUUUUACAGUAAUAUUGGUAUAAUGAUGUUGAUUCAAUGUGAUCAUUUUUAAAGAUAUAUAUCUCUUCAAUAGAAUUUGUAAUGCAAGAAUUUAGAAAAGCUGGAGACAUCAUGUUCUUCAUUUUAAUUUUAGUUUAAGGACUGAUAAAGGAGCCUUGAAGAAAUUGUUACAGUAUCUUGUAUCAAGUAUCUACUGAGAGUGAUUUUCCAAUUUCAUUAUUUUGUUUCAUUAGUGAUGAUGAUUAUCUGCAGCAUAUAUGCAACUAGGAUUUCCAAAAAGAACUGUGCCUUUUCACCAAAAUUUAGGUGUAUAACAAAAUCAUACCUUUCCUUGAUGCCAUUAGUACCUUCUACAUCUUAUCUCCUGGCAGCAGAGGCAUUCUUUAAAAGUUCUUUUCAGUGUCUGUGUUCAAAAUAGUUUUUAUGACAUGUUGAUGGACUUUGCGUUAAUCGUUGUGCAUUUAUUGUAGAUAUGCAUAAGUCUUGGUAUAUGUGAUUUAUAUAUGUAUAUUUUAAGAAACGCAGAACAGCAGGGGAUAUAUUAUGACUGAAAGAUGAUUUUAAAUGUAUUGUUUUUCAAUCUGUACCUGGUUAGAUGAAAUUUAACCUUUCAAGUUAAUUUUUUAUUUGGGAAAGAAAUGCCAAUUUUUUUUCUGCUCUCUUGGAUUAUUAAUUCAAACAGUAUUUACUAAACAAUUUUUUAUUAUUAUAUCAUCUGUCCAGUUUGUAAACAAGGUUAAGAAACAAAUUCACCGUUUGCUGUUAAGUUGCAGUCAUCAUCCAUACAUAACCUAGGUGAACAUUAGCCAAAGGGGAUAUCUCUGUUAACAUACCUGCUGGUAAAACAAUUUGGAUGGGCCUAUCCCAUGUCGAUGAAUGAGGUUGGAGCUGCCAUCUUUGGUUAGCUGAUCUACCCAGCUAGGGUAACAUGCUGCAACGCAGACUGGCUAACAUGCUUCAUGAAUGAGGCCUUGGAGGUUGUGGAAAGAGUAGUUUAGGUGAGAAUAGUGGUGACCAUUAACUUGUCAGGGUGCGGCAUGGUUGCCAUUACUGAUGGUCACGUUGCUUUUUGCAGUGAAUGUCAGAAAUCUUGUGUGUGCAAAUUUUUGGCCAUUAUGAGGUGAUUUAUGAAAUUGCAACUUUUGUGUAAAAUAAUAUCCAUGUUCCCAAAAUAGCAUCUGCCAAGUGAUUAUUUUACCUUUCAUCAAAGAAGACGCACCUUUUUGUGCACUUUCUGUAAUCACAGAAUAACUACUAUAUGCCCUCUAUACUACUACAUGUUUAAGUAGAUUUUUUUUUUAUAAAUUAAUGUUACAGAAGAGUUUGUAUCUCAGUCAUAUCAUUUUUGGUACCAUCUGGUAAGAAAAUCUGCACAAGGACAGUUGCAUAGAUGACAUACCAAAAUAAAAACUUCUUUUCAUGCACUG